AAUCACGAAUCAGUCAUCUUGCAUCGCAGUUUCCGUUAGAGGCUCGCGUGUCUUUCACUUGUCCGGGCUCUUUUCCGGUUAGACUCGGACGAUGACGGGGUUUAGUGAGAAGCCAAUUUUAAUAGAUGCCCGCGGGCAUUUGCUUGGCCGGUUGGCCGCUAUCGUUGCCAAGACCAUCCUGCAGGGCAACAAUGUCACUGUUGUACGCGCUGAGCAGUUAAACAUAAGUGGCAACAUCUUCAGGAACAAGUUGAAAUACAUGUCCUUCCUGCGUAAGAGGUGUAACGUGAAUCCCGCGCGUGGUCCGUUCCAUUUCCGUGCGCCCAGCAAGAUCUUUUGGAAGACAGUGCGUGGUAUGAUCCCACAUAAGACGCAGAGAGGAAAGGACGCUCUCAGCCGAUUGAAGGUUUAUGAGGGAGUUCCGCCACCGUAUGACCGCAGGAAGCGCCUUGUCGUUCCUGGCGCCAUGAGAGUGAUGUGCUUGAAACCAGGCAGAAAGUAUUGUCACGUGGGCAGACUGUCCCACGAGGUUGGAUGGAAGUACAAUGCUGUGGUUCGUACGUUGGAGAACAAGAGACGCGUUCGAUCCAUCCUUGAAGUUCAAAGAAGGAAUAAGCUUAAGAAACUUACCAAGCAAGCUGGAGAAUCAGUCACCAAAGCUACAACACCGUAUACAGCGAUCAUCAAUAGCUUUGGGUACAAUUGACAUACUUGUUAUACAUAAUACAAAAACAAUAAAAUCUGGACAUCA